AUGAAAGAGAGCAAACCGAUCAUUGAUUAAAAAUUAGGAGCAACAAGAAGUAAGAAAGUCAAAAAAAAUGAAUCCGAUGAAGAUUCAGAUUAUGUCAAUACAUCAACCAAAUAAAAAAAAUCUAAUUAAUCUUCAAAAAUCAAGACUUCAACUACUAAAUAAAAAGAAUCCAUACAUUCAGAUGACUCAUAAGAUAAAUUAUCUCCAGAACUAAAACCCUCCUCACGCCAAAAAACAAGAACUAAAGCCGAAAAAAUGCACGACAAACACAAGUAUGAUUAAGUUAAUUGUUAUAGUACAAAAACUGAUGAAGUUAAAGACAAAUAAGAAAAUUAAAAUACAAAUUAGGACAAAGAAGAUGAAAAUCGCGAAAAACCAUAAAAAUCAGAUUAAAUUAGGAAUAACAUUGAAGAAGAAAACAAAUAAAACGAUCUUGAUCAAAAAAGAGUAAAUGGUAAAGAUUAAGAAUCAAAUCAAGAGAAUCUAAAUAAGAAUAAUAGUAAGGACAAAGAUUUAUCUAAUGAGAAUCAGCCAAAUAAUUUGAUAUAAUAAUAGGAGAACGAACAUAAGGAUGAUAAAAAUAAAAAUGAAUUGUCAGAUAAAGAAAAGAAUAAAGAAAAACAAUUAAAUUAAACAGAUAAUAAUGAAGAAUAGAAGAAUAAGGAUCCUUAAGAAAAUAUAAAAAAUAAUUAGCCACAAAAUUAAUCUGAUUAAAAAGUUGCCCUUCAGAUAAUUGUCACUGCGCCAGAGAGCGAAACCAAGAAAAAUUAGAAAGAGGAAGAGGAAGAAAAAGAGUAAUAAGAAAAACAAUAGAAAGCUACUGUAGACAUUGUAUUUUGUUGUGAUGCCAAUCUUCUGAAUAGCAAUAGUGUUGAUUAAAUAAAGAACACCAUAGAAUUUAUUUUAGAGUAAAUAAAAGAGAGAGAAAAGUGUAGUUCUAAUAUAAAAUUCAGCAUAGUAAGUUUUAAUGAUAUCAUUACAAAUUAAAAGUUGCAAUAAUGUUAGGUCAUUGAUUUGUGUGAUGAAGAAGAAAUUUUAUAAAAUCUUGAUGAGAUUAAGCAGAUGGUAUAGGUGGAAGUAUAGAAAGGAGUUUAUUAUGGUCUCAAAGUAGCUACUUAAACCACUAAAUGGAGAAGAGAGACUAAUAACAAAUCUUUUAGAUAUAUUAUUCAUAUUGCAAAUAAGUAACUACAACUGGACAAUCAAUCAGAAGAAUUAGAAGGUAUAAUAUAAGAGAUGAAUAAUAAAAACAUAAGAUAUAAAUAUUUAAGGAUUGAUCAAAAAAUUGAUUUGGAUUUUGAUGGAAAACAAUAUCUUUAAAAUAAAUUGAACAGUUAUGAAGAAAGCUUUUUGAAAGAAUUUGGAAGUCUUAAAAAUGUUGUUAGUGGUAUAAUAUUAAGAGAGCUUACACAUGAAAAUAAUAAAUGA